AUGGCAAAGAUGAAGGCGUUUUCUCUGUCCCGGCAAGGCGCUCCAUUGCCUCAUACCACCUCGACGGGAACAAUACCUACGUCUCAUGAAGCCGGUGCGGGUGGCGCUUUGGCCGGCCGUAUGCCGGCCGCCACACGGCCGAACAACAAGAAUUGGGCCUCGUCGCCGUCGAUUCCCGCCGUCGGUGGCUCCCCCGCAUCUUCAAAAUCCGGCCCGAGCGGCGGACUGGCAGCUAAGCGUAUGAAACCAGGCCUCAAGCUGUCAGAUGUCACGGGCGGCGCUCCGCCACCGUCCAAUGGCACCGAUUCAAAGCCAACGGAACAGAACGAAUCUGGUAGUGGUGCUGGAGGAGGAGCAGGUGGAGGAGAGUCAGCCUUCAGCAAAUAUGCGGAAUUUAUCGACACCAAGACCGGUACCUUGAAUUUCAAGGACAAGGCAAUCUUGCAUGGAGGUGGCGUCGAAUUUUCUUCGGGCCACAGUUUCAAAAUCUCCCUGGAUGAAGUCGAUCGGUUAGAUGAACUGGGCAAGGGAAAUUAUGGCACCGUUUACAAAGUCCGACACAGUCGUCCGCAUAUCCGAAAACCUGGCCAGGGCUUGAGUGGAAUCGUCAGCCGGUCGCCUGGACAGGACGAUGGCUCGGACACAGUUCACCAGGAUAAUCUGUCUGGAGUGACAAUGGCUAUGAAGGAAAUCCGACUCGAGCUGGAUGAGAGCAAGUUCGCCCAAAUUCUUAUGGAACUGGAUAUUCUACAUCGUUGUGUCUCGCCCUUCAUCAUCGAUUUCUACGGUGCUUUCUUCCAAGAAGGUGCCGUCUACAUGUGUGUUGAGUUCAUGGACGGAGGUUCGAUCGACAAGCUGUACGAAGGUGGUGUUCCUGAAAGCAUCCUGCGAAAGGUGACGCUGUCCACUAUUAUGGGCUUGAAAGCUCUCAAGGAAGAGCACAAUAUAAUCCAUCGCGACGUCAAACCAACCAACGUUCUGGUCAACAGCAAGGGCCAGGUCAAGAUUUGCGAUUUCGGCGUGAGCGGAAACCUGGUUGCCAGUAUCGCGAAGACCAACAUUGGCUGCCAGAGCUACAUGGCACCGGAGCGAAUUGCCGGUGGUGGAAUGCAACAAUCUGGAGCGACCAGUGGAGGAACAUACAGCGUGCAGAGUGAUAUCUGGAGUCUGGGCCUGUCGAUUAUCGAAUGCGCCAUGGGCCGUUAUCCGUACCCACCUGAAACUUUCACUAACAUCUUCAGUCAGCUUCAUGCGAUUGUCCAUGGUGAACCUCCAGAUCUCCCAGAAUCCGGGUACUCUGAAGCAGCUCACGCAUUCGUGCGGGCCUGUCUCGACAAGAACCCCAAAAACCGACCUAACUACAAUAUGCUCCUUCGUCACGCAUGGCUUGUACCCCUCAUGCGUCCGCCGAGUGAGGCCGUUGAUGAAGUUGCCCCGAAACCAUCUGAGAACCCGGCACCUGGCGAACACCCGUCAUCUUCGAUGACCGAGGACAAGGAAGUUGCCGAUUGGGUUCUCAAGCAACUCCAGCGUCGCAAGGAUGGCCUCCUCCAUGACGUCGAGAAGCCAGCAUUGCAUGCCGUGGCCCUGGACAAAGUCGCCACCAGCCCCAUUCACGACGACCCUCAGCCCCCUACGACGAAAGACUGA